AUGGCGGCAAGACAUUACAUCAAACUAACCUUGGGCCUUUCGCAGCUCGUCAGAGAGAUCGAGUCGCAGGCCAUCGCUGCGCAACAGCAGAUCGGCCUGGUCCGCACUCAGAUGGCGUCCAAGCAGCGUGAGAUGCGGCUAGCCCAGCUGACGCGCAGCGAGAUCUCAUCAUUGCCACCCGACACGGCUGUCUACGAGGGAGUCGGGAAAAUGUUCGUUGGGCUUCCGGUGCCCACGUUGCAGGAGAAACUGAGCUCUCAGGUCAAGGAGAAUGAGACCGAGUUGGAGGCUCUAUCCAAGAGGCUGCACUACCUCGAGACGACGGACAAGAAUAGCCGGGAGCACAUUGAGAAGAUGCUCAAGGGACAGGCUUAA